AUGUGGCAGAUUGUUGCGGUGAAGCAGCUGAACCAGGAUGGAAUGCAGGGGAAUCAAGAAUUCAUCGUUGAGGUUCUGAUGUUGAGCUUACUACACCAUCCUAAUCUCGUUACCUUGACGGGCUACUGUACUGCUGGAGACCAGAGAUUGUUGGUCUACGAGUACAUGCCUAGAGGCAGCUUGGAACGUCAUCUUUUUGAUGCGGACACUGGCAAAGAGCCACUGAGUUGGAGCACACAGAUGAAAAUUGCAGUCAAUGCAGCUAGAGUCCUAGAGUACCUUCACUGCAAAGCAAAUCCACUAGUGAUCUACCGUGACCUAAAAUCUGCAAACAUCUUGUUGGACAAGGACUUUCACGCCAAGCUAUCUGAUUUCGGGCUUGCAAAACUGGGACCAGUUGGCGACAACACUCACGUCUCCACUCGAGUCAUGGGAACGUACGGAUACUGUGCCCCUGAGUAUGCCAUGAGUGGGAAAUUGACUCUUAAAUCAGACAUCUAUAGCUUUGGCGUGGUGCUGUUGGAGCUCAUCUCUGGACGUAAGGCAAUGGAUUAUAGCAGAAGGCAAGGGGAGCAGAACCUCGUUGUGUGGUCUCGCCCCUAUCUGAAGGGCCAGAAGAAAUUUUGUCAAAUGGUUGACCCUCGGCUACAAGGCUGCUACCCUCGUCGGUGUCUGAACUAUGCCAUUGCCAUAGCUGGAAUGUGCCUCCACGAUGAGGCACAUUUACGCCCUCUGAUUGGCGAUAUAGUGGUCGCCCUCGAGUACCUAGCUGCCCAAAGCACUGAGCACAUGAGCGGAAAGGCAAGAAGCGAGAUCGUCUUACCCUCCUCAACAUCAGACAGAAGCGGGCCAAUGACACCACACUCCUCAAAACUGGAGGCAAAUGCACGAAGUGAAAUCAUCUUGCCCUCCUCAAAAUCAGAUGAAAGUGGAGCAAUGAUGCCACCCUCCUCAAAAUCAGAGAUAUCUUGCAAGCUGUGAGAAAGGAUGGAAAGAGUGAAUAUACAUAAAAUUUAUUGAUGGAUGAAUGUUGUUUAUAUACAGAAUGUGUACAUGAAUUGCACAUAAGGGUGGUGUGUGAUGUAUGGGAGGGUAGAAGGGGCUUCCUUUGUUUUCUUCUUUUCCCACUAUUUCUCUUCUUGUUUGAUUUCUUGUGAAGAAUGGAGCAUAGUAUGUUAGAUUAUAUAUCAAUCAAUAAAAGAGACCCUUUCAUAACCCAGCUUGAAAAGUGAGAUCAAUGGACAUUGUAUUGAAUUACCAUUGAGCAAUUAAGAUGCAUAAAUUGUCCUGGAAAUGGUAUGAAAGUUUCAA